AUCUCGCAGUAAACAUUUGUUUACUUUAGAGGUCUGGAAUGCUGAAGGAACGUUUUGGGGAGAGGGCUGCCCGUAGCACCUCAAAGACCGCCAAGGAUAAGAGUAACAGCGCCACCCUGCGGGCGUCCCAAGCUGGCGUCCGCCGGGAGCAAUCAGGAAUGGGUGACAUGAGCAAGCGCAUGCUUAGCUGUGACUCGGAGAAGGACUCCGAAAAAGACUCAGGAUACUCAGAGGCUGGCUCUGACACUGUGCACACUGAUGUCGAUGACCAGCGCAGCAGUGUGAGCGAACCUCACAGGCAAAGCAGCAAAAGCUCAAAAAACAACAGUGUGAAUGCUGUCGGCCACGAAAUGCCUCCUUAUGAGGAGCUCACUCCCAUUUAUGUCAUCAAAAACCUGGUGGUCAAGCCGUCUACACCGGAGCAGCUUCUGCAUAGCCCCCUAGCUUGGGGUGGAGGUUGGCACAGCCUUACCAAUGCCAAAGCGCCGACCCAGCUCUUACUGAUCCGACAGCCAACGAUGCCUGCCCCUUCUUCCUCCACACCGACUACCUUAUCCAGUCUAGCUGUGUCACAAGGCCCAGUUACGAAAGGAAACAGCCGUAGCAGCAACCAGAAUCACAGCAGCAAGAACUUGUACCUUCCCAUCCUGAAUUCUUACCCCCGCAUUGCCCCCCAUCCCAGGAAGGAGAGCCAUGAAUCCAAGAGUGCCACAAGGGUGGAGGGGGUUAAGGAGAGUGGAAGUGAAGGCCAGAGUCAGAGCAAGAGAGUGUGCAUUGAGGAAGAGAAAAGAGAGGUGGUAUCUACCACCAGCAACCUCCUGAAGCCCCAGCAGCAGCAUCAGAAAGAAGGUAGAGUUCAUCCCCACUCCCAGUACAAAGGCAGAGGAGGGCACAGCUCCUUUACCAGCUCAUCUCAUGGCCCGCUGCCCAGCCACCCAACCUCUAGCACCCAACACAAGCCCCACCACUGCCAACCAAGCUCCAGCUCUGAGAGUAUGGGCUCCCCCUCUGUCUCCAGCUCUCAGACACACUCACCACCUUCUUCCUCCGACUCCCCGCCAUCCCUCUCUCCUUCCUCCUCAUCUCCUUUUUCCUCCACGGCUCACAGUCCAUAUCGUCUGGCUCCAGACAGCUCAUCCUCACGCCACCAACGUUUCCUCAACACAGCUGAGAUUCUGAAGCAGUCGGGCCUGCUGGCCAUCACGCUACGCACCAAGGAGCUGCUGAAGGAGAAUACCGCCACCGAGAGAGAAAUCGCCCAGCUGCGUCAGCACACCAAGCUCCUGUGCCAGGUCGCCCAGGCCAACCAGAACGGGAGCAAUAAAGGUUCGGACAGUCUUGACAGACUUUUUGUGGCCAUGUCUGAAUCAGGCUCUUACCCCAGCUUAGACAUAAAUCAACUGAAAGCACUCAGCAGCAGCAGCCACCAGAGCAAGACAAGAAGUGAGAAAGACAAAGAGAAGGAUAACAACAUAAGAACCACUAAGACACACAGCAACCCAUCGCAGAGCGGUUCUUUACACAACAUAGACGAUGGAACAUCACCACCCUCUCCGCUAUUUGCUCCUUCGCCUGACACAGAAGAAAGACAGCUUGCUGACAGUCCUCUGGACCCCAUCUCCACCUCUCUAUCUGUUUCUUAUUCCAGGUCUGUCCCUGUGCAGGGAUUCAAAAACGACAUUACGGACAAGGAAUUGAAUGAUCUCUCUAUGUUGCCAGAGAGUUCAACAUACAGUAAUUAUCUUCUCUAGCUUCCUGGGGAGGAGCACGUGGAUCUGUGACAUGUGGACCUAGCAACACAGGAGAACAUGGGUUUUGUUUUAAUUGACUUAUCGCUAACCCCAGCCCCCUUGGCUCAUUCGGCCAAACAAUCGGCGUGCUGCCUGAACUAUCAUCUAGACAUAUCAAAAAAUGCUAUACAGAACUUUUGGGGACAGAAGCUCCUUAUCUCACACAGAAGCCAUCGAAAAGGUCUUCACUUUUCUGUGGUGUUAGCGUUAGCCAGCCUUUGCUUUCUUUGUGAAGUUACAACUAAGCUAACUUUAAAGGUUUUCAGUUGGAUGGGCUUUAACUACAACCUUUUGCUACACCGAUGUCCAUUUGUCAAAGAACAAAAAUACUACGAUUAAAAUGAACAGAUGACAUGAUGAGCUAAUGAAGUUGGUCAUAAUGUUAGCAGCUGUUAUCUAACUUGAGCUAACGUUACCCAGCAAAGUUUGCUGUAAGUUGACAUUAUAAACAAUGCGGCCGACAUAAUGUAUGAGGUUAUAUAAACUUGAGACUUUGCAGCAAAUUUAGCUAACACUAUGUUGCCUUACCUUAGAACAAAUCCAGACAUCCUUGUUUACCUUCUUUACGUGGAGCUCAGCUUAAUCCAAAAGAGACGCAGGUUUAGGGAACGGGAUAAAAUACACUCCAUUCUCUAGCCUCUCAGGAUACCUUGUAUCAGUGUUGCGUGCACCCUAUCCACAUCAUUUGAGCAUUUUUCAAGUUAUAACUGCAUACAUUGAAAUCUACCCCAGGAAAAUCAAAAUUUCUAAAGCUUUUCUACAGAGGUCUAUGAGCCGGAUGUCUGAGUGCAUUGUGUAGCUGAAGGAAAUGUGAUUGGCUCGUGGCGUUCAAGGCGGGGCUUAGCGAUAAGUCAAUUUUGCAAAAUGUCAGUGUGAAACUAAAUAUGACUGGUGGAAAGGUUAGAAUGAGGAUUUUCUUAUUAAACAAACUGUAUAAAGGUGAACAAGAUUUAUAUAUUUUCCUAAUUUUAGUCAGGGAUUAUUCCAGGUGUGCAUUUUUCAUCUGUAUGUCAUCUGUAUUGUCUUCUGCAGACAUGUCUUAUCAUUCAGGUCACAUUCACAGUCAGCGAUGGAUGUCUUUGAUGUGUUGUGUGUAGGGCUGACAAGCUUUCAGUUGUCAUUAUAUUAUUCUACAAUUGUUUUGGCACAGUUGUCAUAAAGUUUCAGAGUGCAAUACUCUUAAUAUAAAGAGACUUCUUAUUACCUCACCACUUUUGCCACAGUGUGUGUAGUUUAAUGUUAAACGCUCUCUAGAAUGACUGUAUUACUGUACGUAACUUACUGUAUUUUGCAAAUUUACCGUAAAUUUACAGGGGAUGUAAAUAUCUAAGGCUGGAUAUAUUGAAUAAAAACUGAAACAUGAACAAA